AUGGCACCUUACGAGGCUUUAUAUGGAUGUAAAUGUCGUACUCCGCUCUAUUGGAUUGAGUUGGGUAAAUGUCGGGUUUUGAGUCUUGAGUUGGUUUCUGAAACUGAAAACAAGGUUUCUCCAUGGAAGGAAGUUCUAAGAUUCGGUCGUAAGGGUAAGUUGAGCCCUAGGUUCAUUGAGCCGUAUCGGAUUCUGAAACGUGUAGGACCGUCUGAUCCAUCUCAUGUUAUCUCGGUUGAGGAGAUUGAGGUCAGACCAGACUUGACUUUUGAGGAGAAGUCAGUUCAUAUUCUGGAUCGUGGUGUUAAUGUUUCGAGGAGGAAGUCCAUACCGUUAAUGAAGGUUCUGUGGCGAAAUCAUGGCACCGAGGAAGCCACAUAG